AUGAGUUUAUCGUCCGGCUCUCAAAAAUUGAGAUUCAAUUUAUUAAUGAAUCAGGCGCAGCAGAAUCAUCUAAUCAGGAAUAAAUUUACGAAAGAUGAAGAUGAAAAGCUUAAAUCAAUAAUGCGCGAUUUUAUGGAGCACAAGAGAAAAAUUGAUUGGGACGCAAUCUCAAAGUUGAUGAAGACAAAAAAACCCAGACAGUGCAAGGAUAGAUGGUUCUAUUACCUUGAUGAUCACAUAGAUCAUACUCCCUUUACACCUUGGGAGAACUAUAUCCUGUUGUGGUCAAUAAAUAAUAUUGGCAAAAAAUGGACUCAAAUAUCAACACUAUUCCCAAGACGAACAGAUGUAAUUAUAAAGUUGCAAUACCGCAAGCUCCUAAGAAGAAAUGCAACACUCCAAAACGUAAUGGAGGUUAGCACAUCCACAAAACUGAAUCGAUGCGACCAUAAUUUGAGCUCAGAUUCAACAGGUGGAGAAGAAGACCCUCAUACAGGUGGUAUAAUGGACCUUUUCGAUAAAGAGGUCGAUCAUCUAUCUCAAGAAUUGUUUGAAUCUCAGGAAAUUAAAUUUUAA